CAAACAAUCUUCUGUUUUCCUCCCUAUAAAUAAUCACCUGAACCCGCUUUGCCUCCUCAAUAUAUCCACCACCACCACCAUCGUCUCCCCCACCAUUUUGUUUCCUUUCAAUUUUGCACGAAUAAUUAACAACCAAAUUCACAACUCUUCACAUUAAGAAAGAUUUAUCCAAUUAACCAAUAUAUAAUUCCAUAUAUAUACUUCUAAAAAUGACAACUAUGGGGGCCUCACCACCAUCACCUGCUCAGCGCUCUCCAUGGCACUCUCCGGUGCCAUACCUCUUCGGGGGAUUGGCAGCCAUGUUGGGACUCAUUGCUUUUGCGCUCUUGAUCCUGGCUUGCUCAUACUGGAAGUUCUCUAGCUAUGGUGGUGAUGAUGAGAGGGACCUCGAGUCCGGUGAGGGUAAUGACCGCGAAGGCUGUGAGACUGAGGCCGUUAAACCACAGCCAGUGCUUGAAGAGAAGUAUCUUGUUAUCAUGGCCGGCCAAGAGAGGCCCACUCACUUGGCCACUCCUAUGUCCAGUAGAGCAUCAUCUUUUGGUAACAAAAGCAAUUGCAGCAGCAGCAGCGACACCACUCUGACAUCAGAGGAGGAUAGUGAAGAGAAGCAGCAGCAAAUUAGUGGUGGACAGGUAGAAAUGGGGAACAUGGAGGCCCAUCAGGCACCAGAUCAAUUCAAUUGACGCCUUUCAUCUCCUUUUAAAAUUUUGGUUUUAGGGUUCUUGGGCAUGGUGCUUUUGAUUAAUCAUUUAUGGAUAAUUCUAAGGAUUUUGCAAAUAGAUCUGGAUGGUCUUCAGCAGCUUUGAGUUAUUUUCCUUUUUUUUCCGGAAAUGUAAAUAAUUUUUUGGAGAAUCUAAGUGUAAGAUAAAGCUUUUCUUGCAUAUUGAUGCUUGUUUGGCCUUUUCUUCUUACCAUUAUCAUAGUU